AUGGCUAAUCUGCCUCAGAGAGAUAGAUGGGACUUCAUUAUUUGGAGGCUUGCGCUUGUUGGGCACCUAUUCUUUUCACUUGCUUCACAAGAUUUCAAUCGGCCAAUGAGUUUCGAAGAAAAUAUUGAAGCUGUGUUGCCAUCCAACGGAGUCCUCAUGGUGAAAAAUGAUCAACAUGUUGUAUUGACUAAUGGAUUGGUGAACCUCACAUUGUCCACACCAGAUGGUAUGGUCACUAGUGUGACAUACAAAGGGAGUGCCAAUUUGCUCGAUACCAAAAAUAAAGAAGAUAAUAGAGGGUAUUGGGAUGUGGUUUGGAACAAGCCGGGCAAUAAAACCAUAAUGGAUAAGUUUCCAGGAACAAGCUACAAAAUUGUAAUGCAAAGCAAAGAUCAAACAGAAAUAAGCUUCACCUCAACAUGGGCUGUUGGAAGUUCAGGAGUUCCUUUAAACAUUGAUAAAAGAUAUGUAAUGCUACGAGAUUCUCCUGGAUUUUAUACAUACACUGUGCUAGAGCGAUUGAAGGAAUGGCCAGCUUUUCUAAUACAGGAAGGGCGAAUCGUGUUCAAGCUACAAGAAGACAAAUUUCAUUACACGGCGAUGUCGGAUGAGAGACAGAGGGUUAUGCCCACGCCUGAGGAUCGAUCUAAUGGGAAACCUCUUGCCUAUCCGGAAGCUGUUCUCUUAACCAAUCCAUCAAAUCCCCAAUUUAAAGGAGAGGUGGACGAUAAGUACUUGUAUUCAUGUGAUAACAAAGAUAACAAGGUCCAUGGAUGGGUGAGCAGUGAUUUGGGCCUUGGAUUUUGGAUGAUUACUCCAAGCAAUGAGUUUAAAACUGGUGGGCCCUUCAAGCAGGAUCUCACUUCACAUGUUGGCCCAACUCUUCUUUCUAUGUUUAUGAGCACACAUUAUGUUGGAGAGGAUAUAGCUAUCAAGUUGGAGGCAGGGGAGUACUGGAAAAAGGUUUUGGGCCCAGUUUAUGUUUAUUUAAAUUCUGAUACUAAAGCCAAGACUAAGCCUUCUAUUCUUUGGAAUGAUGCUAAACAAAGGAUGAAGGAGGAGGUGGCUUCAUGGCCUUACACUUUUCCACUCUCCACAGACUUUGUUAAAUCGGAGGAAAGGGGAGCUGUGAGUGGUCAAUUAUUUGUCCGUGACAGGUACAAACAUAAGGAGCCUUUGGGUGGGGCCUCUGCUUUUGUGGGAUUGGGCCCACCUGGACCAGCAGGCUCAUGGCAGUUAGAAAAUAAGGGUUACCAAUUUUGGACAGAAGCAGAUGAGAAAGGGAAUUUCUUGAUCAAGAAUGUGAUUCCAGGAACAUACAGCUUGUUUGCAUCAAUUCCUGGAAUCAUUGGAGAUUACAAGCAUGCUUCCAGCAUUGUCGUUUCUCCUGGAUCCAAUGUUGUUGUAAGUGAUGUGGUUUUUGAUGCUCCAAGAAAUGGCCCCACACUAUGGGAGAUCGGAAUCCCUGAUCGGUCCGCAGCUGAAUUCUUCAUUCCGGAUCCUAGUCCACAGUUCAAGAUCCAUCCCUACCCACGUCCCGUUGAAAAGUUCAGACAGUAUGCACUAUGGACGCGAUAUAAGGAUUACUAUCCCCACUCAGACUUGGUCUACACCAUUGGACGAAGCAACUACUCCAUAGAUUGGUUUUUCGUCCACUCCACCAAGAAUGUCGAAGGAGAUGUUUACGAAGCAACGACGUGGAAAAUCCAGUUCGACCUAAAAGAUGUUAGAAAGGAGGCAAACUACACUCUCCAAAUAGCACUUGCAUCGGCUAAUGGGGCUGAACUACAAGUACAUGUGAACAAUCCAAACUCGAAGGCGCAAUUUAGCACAGGAAUGAUAGGUAGAGACAAUGCACUAGCAAGACAUGGAAUUCAUGGAUUGUACCAUUUGUACAGCAUUGGAAUAGAAGGGACCUUACUUGUCGAUGGAAAUAAUACAUUAUUUUUGAGUCAAACAAGAAAUAUAGGGCCUUUUAGAGAACUUAUGUAUGAUUACAUACGUUUAGAAGGACCUGCUUGA